ACCACUACGAAAAGGAAGGGGGCGGGCUCUGCGCGCAGCAUUUUGGGAACGCGUGGUAUUCUGGGAGCGCGGGACCCGCCAUUCCUUGGCUCACACCUUCGCAGUUGCUCGAGUUGCUGCCGCACGGGAAAGGAAGAGUAGGCCGGAGCCGGUGAGAACUCUUUUCCUGCCAAGAUGUCUAUUGGUGUGCCAAUUAAAGUCCUACACGAGGCUGAGGGUCACAUCGUGACAUGUGAGACAAACACCGGCGAGGUGUAUCGUGGGAAGCUCAUUGAGGCGGAGGACAACAUGAACUGCCAGAUGUCCAACAUCACAGUCACAUACAGAGACGGCCGAGUGGCACAGCUGGAGCAGGUGUACAUCCGUGGCAGCAAGAUCCGCUUUCUCAUUUUGCCUGACAUGCUGAAAAAUGCGCCCAUGUUAAAGAGCAUGAAAAAUAAAAACCAAGGCUCAGGGGCUGGCCGGGGAAAAGCUGCUAUUCUGAAGGCCCAAGUGGCUGCAAGAGGAAGAGGACGUGGAAUGGGGCGUGGAAACAUCUUCCAGAAGCGAAGAUAAAUUUAUCUGUUGAACUGAACUUUGUCGUUAUUUUUUCCCUUAGGUUGUCUGGGUUCAGGGGGGUAUAUGCUUAUGUAUAUGUUCUAGGUUUUCUUUUGACAUCUUUCUCUUUAGAGCAGAGGAAAUGUUAAACUAAAUAAAUAUGGUGGUGAUUGUU